ACCAGUCUUCCAGCGUUACAUGUUACUCUUCUUGGUGGUGAGUGGAGCUCAUCUGCUGGUGGCUUGUCAACCAUAAACAGAGAGCUUGCUAUUCACCUUUCAAAUCAUUCAGCAGUGAAGGUUUCUUUGUUAGUCCCCGAGGGAGCUUGCAAUCAUGAAGAAAAAAAUGAAGCCCUUACCUAUGGAAUCACUAUCGUUGAGGCGAAGAGACGUGCCGCAUUUGAUCGUCUUCUUUGGUUAAGCUCACCACCCAAGGAUCAUGUCAUGGACAUCGUUGUUGGUCAUGGUGUAAAACUUGGUCGGCAAGUACAAUUCAUUAUAGACUCUGCUAAAUUUCCAAAUUGUAAAUGGAUACAAGUGGUGCACACUGCUCCAGAGGACCUUAGCAGAUACAAAUGCUACAGUGACCCCAUUUCAAAAGGUGAAAAAAAACACGAAUCAGAAGUUGAACUUUGCAAACUUGCUGAUCUUGUUGUGCCUGUGGGACCUAAACUGAAAGAAGCAUACACUUCAUAUUUGCGAUGUAAGACAGAUCAUGACGUUUUGUCUAUUACUCCAGGUCUUUUUCAAAGGGAGUUUGGGGAUUUAGUUGCAAAACAAGAUCCUAACGAGGAUAGCGAAUUCAAGGUGUUGUUAUUUGGUCGUGGGGAUGAUGAGGACUUUGAACUCAAAGGAUACAACAUUGCUGCUCAAGCAUUUACUGAUCAGCGGUUAAAAAACAAACCCUAUCAUCUAAUCUUUGUCGGAGCACCUGAAGGAAAACAAGAGGAAGUCAGAGAAAAACUUCUUCAUCGUGGUAUUGCAGAAGCACAGUUGACUGUUAGAAAAUUUACACAAAGUAGAGAGAGAAUGAAAGAUCUGUUGUGUGAGGCUGACCUUGCCAUUAUGCCAUCAAAAUCAGAGGGAUUUGGUCCUGUUGCCCUCGAGUCCCUAUCUGCAGGCCUACCCAUUCUUGUUGGUAGUAAGUUGGGAUUUGCCAAAGCAUUAGAGAAUGUUCUUCAUGGUUAUUCAUGCAUUGUAAAUUCAGAUGAUCCUACAAAAUGGGCAGAAGCAAUUGAAGCUGUUCGUGUCAGGCAUCGAAUGCGCCUUGAAGAGAUUAAAGCACUUAAAGCAUCUUAUGGAGAGAUGUACAGUUGGGAGGAACAAUGCGAAGCUCUCGUGGAGAGAAUGUGGAAAAUGGUCCAUGGUAAG